CGCAGGCGCCGCGCUCAGCUGAGCCACGUGUCACGUGACGGCGCGGCCGAGCGAGCGGGCCCGGCGGGGCCGGGCGGUGCGGGACGGCCGAGAGGGACCAUGUCCACCCGGCGCCUCCGCAGCGAGGACUACAAUGACUACAGCUCCACGGACGUCACGCCCGAGGGGAGCCCACCCGACGGCAUGAACGGCUUCGCCCACCCCGAGUCCUACCAGCGCUUCGGGGAGACCAACGGCACAACGUGGUACCAGACCCUGAUCCACCUUCUGAAGGGGAAUGUCGGGACAGGGCUGCUGGGGCUGCCUCUGGCUGUGAAGAAUGCCGGCAUCCUGCUGGGUCCUCUGAGCCUGCUGGUGAUGGGAGUCGUGGCUGUGCACUGCAUGAGCAUCCUGGUGAAAUGCGCCCAUCACUUCUGCAACAGGUUCCAGAAGCAGUUUGUGGACUAUGGAGGUGCUGUGAUGUACGGGCUGGAGGCAACUCCCAGCGCGUGGCUGCGGACACAUGCCAUCUGGGGAAGGCGUAUGGUGGGACUUUUCCUGGUCAUCACUCAGCUGGGUUUCUGCUGUGUGUACUUUGUCUUUCUGGCUGACAAUCUGAGACAGGUCGUCUCUGCUGCAAACGGCACCACCAAUGACUGCGGCUCGAACAGGACGGUGGUGAUGACCCCCACCAUGGACUCCCGGCUGUACAUGCUUUGCAUCCUGCCUUUCGUGGUGCUGCUCACAUUCAUCCAGAAUCUCAAGGUCCUGUCUAUCUUCUCCAUGCUGGCCAACAUGGCCAUGCUUGUCAGCCUUAUUGUGAUCUACCAGUACAUCGUCAGGGACAUUCCUGAUCCCAGAGACCUGCCUCUAGCAGCAGCCUGGAAGACCUACCCCCUGUUUUUUGGCACCGCGAUCUUCGCUUUCGAAGGCAUCGGGGUGGUGCUGCCUCUGGAAAACAAGAUGAAGAAGCCCCAGCAGUUCCCCAUUGUCCUCUAUGUGGGGAUGACCAUUGUCACCAUCUUGUACAUCAGCCUGGGUGUCCUGGGGUACCUGCGCUUUGGGGCGGACAUUCAGGCCAGCAUAACACUCAACCUGCCCAACUGCUGGCUGUACCAAGCUGUGAAGCUGCUCUUCUCCUUUGGGAUUUUCUUCACGUACGCCGUGCAGUUCUACGUGCCUGCCGAGAUCAUCAUCCCUCCCCUCGUGGCCCGGGUGUCGGAGCGCUGGGGCUGGGUGGUCAACCUGCUCCUCAGGCUGGCCCUGGUCUGUCUCACAUGCGUGCUGGCCAUCCUCAUCCCGCGCCUGGACAUCGUCAUCUCCCUGGUGGGCUCCGUCAGCAGCAGCGCCCUGGCUCUCAUCUUCCCCCCGCUGCUGGAGAUCGCCACCUACUAUUCCGAAGGCAUCCACCCCCUCGUCAUCGCCAAGGACAUCGCCAUCAGCCUCUUUGGCUUCGUGGGCUUUGUGGUGGGGACGUACGAGGCGCUGGUGGAGCUGGCGGCGCCCGCCACCACCGUCGUCAAUGCCACCAGUGUCAUGGUGCAGUGACGGCCCCCCCCGCCCCUGAUGCCGUGCUGGGGGUGCACAGGCACCGGGCACUGCUCUCCUGGGAAUGGCCUCCCCUCCCCUGUCCUCUCGGGAAGUGUAGUGGGUUUGAUCCAUGAGAGGACGGGGCUCCCCACCGUCACAGCCACCCAGCUGCAGCAGGGUUCCACACUGGGAUGUAUCUGGAAGGUGGGAUCCAGGCUGGGGUGGCGUCUUCCCUGGAGGCUCCUUGGGCAGCUGGUCCAGCAAAACAGCCCCUUGGCACCUGUGUAAAUAGUCACUUGGGGAGGUGAGGAAUCCCAGGGAUGUAGAUUUUAUUUUAUUUUAUUUUUUUAAAUCUCAAACUUUCCAUAUUUCCCCCGCUCCUCAGUCAGGGUGGGGAACAGGGACUGCUCUUUUUUUGUGCCAGUUUGUUGUUUUUUAUUUUUUUUCCCCUGAGCACUUUAUUUUUACAGCAACAGACAAACCUCAGCUCAGGUUAGUGAGUGUGGAGCUGCCUCCUCACCCUGGCCUUGUGGGGAGGGCAGGCAGAGCCAGAGGUGGGGAGCAUCCCGGGGCCCACAGCUCUCCUGCAGUGGGAUCCCCAGUCGUGGGCAUUGGCUCCUGUUGUGCUCCAACUCUGUUUCCACCUGCUUGAGCAGGAAGGCUGAGCAGGGCCUGGCCCACGCUUUCAGUGGUGACACUUCUUUAUCCCCAUCCAGCACACAACCUAAUGCUUGGCUUUCGGAAACGUUAGAGAACUGAGGCGUGCAGAGAGCAAACAGGCUGUGCCAUAAUGAGGGGCUGAGCUGGUCACCUUUGGCUGGGAGCCCUUUCCCUGUGUGGGAUAGGGUGUCCCUGGGGGUCACCACAUGCUGCCUGCAUGCCACAAAAAUACAUCACCUUGUUUACAGUGCCUGAGCUGGCCCCCGCACGCUCUGGCUGUGUCUGCAGGCCAACACUGAAUGUCAAUCACACACAAAAACUCCAUAAUAUUUCUUUUUUUAACUCUUUCUCUCCUGGUCCUACUCCUGCAUCCUCUGCCUCCGCUCAGCUCCUCUCCUCCUGUAGGAUGCAGCUCUCUCUCCCUGCACUCCUGUUGCUCCUUGCGUUGUGGCUGGUGCAUGCCUGGCAGAGACAGUCCUUGCAAUGCUGCUGCUUUCCUUCCUCUGUGAGCCCAGCUUCCUCCCUACAGAGUUUCUUUGCCUUUCUGCUGGAUUUCUAUUUUUUUAAGACAAGGGAUAAAAUGCAUCCUCCAUGGAAUGGGCCGAACUCCUCCCUGCUAAAGCAGCAUCUCCCAAACACCAGCAGCGCCGUGGCUUGCUUUGGAGAGCCUUUAUCCUGCAUCCCACUGCAGCCCUGUCUCCCUGGGUGUGGGCAAAGGCUGCUGGUGGUAGUGGGAAAGGCGAGUGGGUACAGCAGCAAUGGGCUGUGUUCCUGUCUUUGGUGGAGGAUGAGUGAGGCUUGGGGUUAUUUUUGGUGUUCGAUCUGCUUCUGGGAGGAGAAGGCUGUGCAGAGUGGUGUCCCUGCAGCCUGUCUCCUCCACGUGUGCUGUUUGUAUCUUGCACUGUGUUCCCUGUGCUGGCUCUGUUCUGGGUGCCCCAUGCUGGUGUGUGGACCCAUGGCCAGGUGUGGGUGGGUCUGUGCCACAUCACUGCUCCUUUCCAGCCCCUCACCUGCUUUCUGCUUCUCUCGGGACUCACCUUGUCUCCUCCAGAUCUGUGCUGGGGAAGGUUUUGGCAUGACCAGCAUCGCUUGGUCAGGAGCAGAGCAAAGCUUUAAUUCAAAUCCUUCCUCUGGAGGGCACCAUGGGGAUAGAGAGGAAGCACCCAGGUCUGGGAAGGGGCUCCAGGGAACACACAGGUGGGAGAAGUGCAAUAUUCAUGUCCGUCGCUGUGUACCAACCCCGGCGUGGCCCUUGGGGGUUGGGUUUGAGUAAAAAAUGUCACCCUUGGCAGAGGAGGGAGGGCUGUGAGGAGCAGGCAAUGUCUGAUGCUUCCCCCUCCCCUGCCAGUAGUACCCCAUAAGAAGGCUGGCCACACUUUUGGGGACAGCUGUGUGCCAGGGCAUGUCCCCAGCCUGGGACUGGGCAUCAGUGGGUUUGCUGGUGGGGCUCCUGGCAUCCAAACUCACUUUGGAAGUGCAGCGAAGACCUAAUUUCCAAGGAGACUGAGAUAUCACAGAAGCAUUAAAUAGUUUUUGCUGCUCUUCACUGUUAUGGGGGUGAUCAGGGGUGUUUGAAGAUGGGGCCAGAUGUGGCAGUGGGGCACAUGGCAUGAGGGGCUCUGCUGAGCCAGGAGGGGCUGACACAGGACCCGAUGGACAUGAAAACUUGACACUUGUGUAUCGUAGGCUGCUCAGUAACCAAGAAAAUUGUCUGUGUAAAUAUAGCAAUGGUCAUGUCCAUGUCUCGUGCCUGUGGAUAUUGUCAGCGUGUGUAGCUGCCCAGUGGGAGAGCUGGUGCUGCACCUGAAUCAUGUAUCUUACUUUAAUCAAUAAAUAUGAUCUAUU